ACAGCGGAAUAAAUACCCCUCGUGCUCAAGACAUGAGCAACCUCACUUGUUCACCGUCACUUUUUCACUCGCUUUUCGCGUUAGGAUAUUCCGGUAUUUCAGCGAGGGCAGAACAUUUCUAAUUCUCCCAUUGACUGUUAUAGCAGUCUAGCGCUUCCAAAAAUGGCGUCGCAUGAUGGCGCUGAGGGAACGUCGAGGAACCGGCCUUGGGUUGGACUACAUAUGAAGGCGCUUAAUGUCGAGAAGGGCGCGAAAAGGUUUUCUCCUGCGGGAGACGCAGUUACUCCUCGGACUGCAACUUGGCGGAACAAUCUGGUUGCGCUCUCUCAACGCCGCAAUUUACUGUUUGUGGCAUACCUCCAGCAGAUCUAUGUCUGGGUACCUCGGGGGUCAUUUCAGGUACUGGGGUCCAAGCCUGAAAUGAUCAUUAACCCGGUUAUGAAGAGUCCGCAAAGUCCUGGUUACAUAGCACCCGGUUUCCCACACGCAGUUAACAGUCUUCUUGUGGAUGAUUUAGGCCGGGAGGAGGUCCUGCUUCUUGGGACUGACUCUGGGAAUGUUUGCGCAUAUCGAGUAGAAGCUAUUUGGUCAGCCCUAGUGCGUGCAGCGAAGAACAAGCAGACGCGCCCACUUGACGAUUCCCAGGUUGAUCCUUUCUUUGUUGAAUUCGUUGAAGCCAGCGCAUGGGGCUUGGCUAUCCACAAAUACGCCCGCUUGAUCGCUAUAACGGCAAACACGGGACUUAUCACUGUUUUCGCAUUCGCACUUGUCAACCCUACUUCUGAAAAGAGCAGGAAUUCGGGCGAUCCUCUGGAAGAAAAUGAUGACUUUUCCGAUUGUGACCAGACAUGGCUGGAAAUAAAGAAUGACACGCAGUUCUCACAGCUGCGACAGUUUAUGCCGGAAAACCAUCGCACGCGGAAUGUCAAAUUGACGUAUACCGGACAUUUCACCAAUAUCCCUUCCGUCUCCUUCCUCAACUGUGACCUUGAUCCUAACGGCGCGUGGAUGGUUAGCACUGAUAUCGAUAACAAGGUUCUUGUUUGGAAGAUCUGGGAAGGCCUGAUCCCGUUUCACUUUUACCAUUUCAACAGUUUCUCCUUUCAGUCGUUCGCGCAUUCAUUACAAAAUGAUGUUGAACGUGGCUGGGCCGUGAUAGCCCUUGACCCUCGCAGCUUUCAUCGCGUCAAGACCAGAGAAGAUGCGUGUGGGGGUGUGCCCCAGCGCCAUACGGCGGAAGGACUGAGAGUUCUUGACUUGACGAAAUUAAGCAGCAAAGUGCCAAAUGCAUCGCAGUUGUACAACUACUUUCCUCCUGCGGUUAAGGUGGAGCCUGAGCAACCAGUGCUACCCGAUAUAUUCGACCAGGAUUGUCGCAUUAGCACCCGGAAAGACACCUACGCAAAGCAUGAAAGUUUAAAGGACGACUCGACAUAUGCCGAUGAACAAAAUGGCACAAUAACAGAAGACACUAGUGACAACCCCGCUGUCGUCGAAAAUCUCCGUCCCAUAGGCGUCACUGAUUCCUUCAGCUUCCGGGCUGUUGAUGAUUCGCUCCCAGAAGGGGAUACGAAUCAGGACAGCGAUAGUGAUACCGAUAUUGACCUGGACGCAGAACCCGCGCAAGAUGCUAGAGAUUCCGGGAUAGAGCAAACUCCCCGAGCAAACAUUCCUCGUCCAACUGGCAACGGACCCCUAAAUACCGCGGAGUUUCUACGAUUCGCCCUCUUUGAAGCAAUUGGUGGCGAGCUGCCUGUAGCUGAGGGAUAUUACGAUGAUAGGGAUGUGGAUCACUCAGACUAUGACGAUGUGGACGACAAUCGCUCGCAUGGUAGCGAGUCGCAAGAAUCGUCUCUCGCAUACGAGGUAUUCGAUCGUAUGUUGCGUGAUGCCUUCCCAGAUGACUCUUCCCCUUAUGACCAUGACGGGCCAACGGAGAGACUAAUGCCUCUUCCACCGGUACCAGCUCUCACCGUUUGCGAAUUCCCCAUCAUCCACUUCUCGCAGACCGAUAUCCGUUUGAUCCGCCACCCGCUAGCCUUAGUCCCAAGCGUCGUCUGCGGCGCGCCCUUAGGACAACCAUUCACACACCCAAUCGUCUCAAUCCGUGCAUCAGACCGCUUCAACAUGAUCAAAUACAUCCCCGAACACGGUAUCAUCGUCGCCGCAUCUCAAAAAGGCCGCGCAGCCGUGAUCCAGCUUACAGAAUCCGAAGAAACCGGAGUCGCCUUCCGGGUAGACUGGAUCGUCCCAUUCGAAAGCCAGGAGAAAUACGGCGACCGACCACUCAUCCCCCUCCUCGGCAUGAGCGUCAGCCCCAUCCAGGGCUUCGAAAUGCCCCCAGACGUACCCUACAUCCCCCGCGACGUCAGCGAAAACGACGAAAUAACCUUCCACUACAAAUUCCUCCCUGGCGUCGACAACCCACCCUCAAAAGAUGCAUUUCACCACGACCAAACCGAACCACCGGAAUGGUUCUAUGACCUUGAACCAGACUCCGAUGAUCCUGGAAACAAACACGUACCCCCGCUUACACUCCCCGAAUGCCACGCGAAAGCUAGCCGGGUUUACAAGCCGGAUGAGAGCUGGCGGGGCUGGUAUCCGUCAAGGAGGUAUCGGUUGUUGCUCAUGUACGCUGAUCAUACGGUUAUGAGCUAUGAAUUUUGGUAUGAUGGGAGGAGUCCCGGUGGGGUUGAGGAUGAGUGUCUUGUUCCUUAGUUACUAUGUGUAUAUGUUGGUUUACAUUGUACAGUGGGGUGGC